UCCCCUGGUCUGAGCUCCGCCUUCCUUCUAUCAUUCCCACAAGGCAGCAGGAGCAGAGAGCAGCCAUUGCUGUGUCUGGCAGAAGAGGUGUGAAGAAGACAUCUAGUGAGCAUGAGACACCCUGCAGCCAUGUUCGUGUGACAGGAGGACUGAGCAGGUCCCAGAGCCCCAUCACGGUGCCUCCACCUCACUCACUGGUACAUGUGACACAGUGACCAGAAGAUCCAGGAACUCACCAACAAGAUCAUUCAGAUGCUGACUGGAGAGAAGGGGGAGUAUAUAGAGGAACACAGCGGUCUGUACAAGGACGUGAUGAUGGAGAAUCACCGGCCCCUCACAUCACUGGGAAGAACGUCUGUCUUAUAUUAAAACAGAAGAUAUAGAAGGAGAAGAAGAGACGUAUGUGACUGAUAUAAAGGCAGAAGAUAUAGAUGGAGAAGAAGAGACGUAUGUGACUGAUAUGAAGGCAGAAGAUACAGAGGGAGAAGAAGAGACGUAUGUGACUGAUAUAAAGGCAGAAGAUACAGAGGGAGGAGAAGAGACGUAUGUGACUGAUAUAAAGGCAGAAGAUACAGAGGGAGGAGAAGAGACGUAUGUGACUGAUAUAAAGGCAGAAGAUAUAGAUGGAGAAGAAGAGACGUAUGUGACUGAUAUGAAGGCAGAAGAUACAGAGGGAGAAGAAGAGACAUAUGUGACUGAUAUAAAGGCAGAAGAUAUAGAGAGAGAAGAAGAGACGUAUGUGACUGAUAUAAAGGCAGAAGAUACAGAGGGAGGAGAAGAGACGUAUGUGACUGAUAUAAAGGCAGAAGAUAUAGAUGGAGAAGAAGAGACGUAUGUGACUGAUAUGAAGGCAGAAGAUACAGAGGGAGAAGAAGAGACGUAUGUGACUGAUAUAAAGGCAGAAGAUACAGAGGGAGGAGAAGAGACGUAUGUGACUGAUAUAAAGGCAGAAGAUACAGAGGGAGGAGAAGAGACGUAUGUGACUGAUAUAAAGGCAGAAGAUAUAGAUGGAGAAGAAGAGACGUAUGUGACUGAUAUGAAGGCAGAAGAUACAGAGGGAGAAGAAGAGACAUAUGUGACUGAUAUAAAGGCAGAAGAUAUAGAGAGAGAAGAAGAGACGUAUGUGACUGAUAUAAAGGCAGAAGAUACAGAGGGAGGAGAAGAGACGUAUGUGACUGAUAUAAAGGCAGAAGAUAUAGAUGGAGAAGAAGAGACGUAUGUGACUGAUAUGAAGGCAGAAGAGACAGAGGGAGAAGAAGAGACGUAUGUGACUGAUAUGAAGGCAGAAGAUGUAGAGGGAGAAGAAGAGACGUAUGUGACUGAUAUAAAGGCAGAAGAUACAGAGGGAGAAGAAGAUACGUAUGUGACUGAUAUAAAGACAGAAGAUACAGAGGGAGAAGUAGAGACGUAUGUGACUGAUAUAAAGGCAGAAGAUAUAGAGGGAGAAGAAGAGACGUAUGUGACUGAUAUGAAGGCAGAAGAUACAGAGGGAGAAGAAGAGACGUAUGUGAGGGGUGAUCAGCAGUGUAAGGAGGAGGAGAUCCCUACAGAUAUCAGCACAGGUGAGUAA